AUGGAUGGUCGUGUGGUCGGAAAGCUAGUCUGCCGGGCCUGGUAUCAGCGCCUGCUGGUGCUGCCGCUGGUAACAGUCGGCGUGGCCUUCGUGGUGUCAGCAUUGAUGCUCCUACCAUGGAUGGAUUACAUCGAGGUCCCACCCGAUGGGAUUGCAGCAAUGGGAUCGGUCAUCUUGGCCCUCUCCCUGGACACUGGGCAAUUGAAUUUCUAG